AUGCCUACUUCCACUCAUUCGUGUCCCGCCCUCCGAUACCAAUCCGUCGUGCAUCUCCACCGCCAAGUGAUGCGGUGUUUGGAGCUGUCCUCAAAUCUGAGGGCCCAAAAGGGCUGUACCGUGGUAUUAGAGCUAUGGGCCCUAGGGCUGGCCCGACACAUCGAUGCAGUGUUUACUCCUAUGGAUAUGGUGAAGCAGAGGCUGCAAUUGAGCAGCAGUGCGUAUAUUGGGGUGUGGGAUUGCGUGAGGAGAGUAUUGAGAGAGGAGGGGAUUAGGGCAUUUUAUGCAUCUUAUAGGAUCAUCGUAAUAAUGAAUGCACCUUUUACGGUAGUGUAUUUUACCACCUAUGAAGUGGCAAAAAAGGGUUUGAUAGAAAUUUCUCCAGCGAGCGCGAGUGAUGAGAGGUUAGUGGUUCAUGCUACUACUGGAGCAGCCGCAGAAGCAUUGGCGGCUGCUAUAACAACGCCACUUGAUGUGCCUCAGAAAAACAUGCUCUUUAGAGCUUCACGCUCUCUUAGAGCUUCGAACAGAAUAUGCUCUCUUAGAGCCUUAGAAAAUAUGCUCUUUAGAGCUUCACGCUCUCUUAGAGCUUUAAAAGAAUACGCUCUCUUAGAGCUUCAUGCUCUCUUAGAGCUUCUGGAAGAAUAUGCUCUCUUAGAGCUUUGUUAA